CAUAUCAACAGUUUCAACCUUAAUACAAUAUUACAUAUUAAUUCCUUCAUACAUUCGAGAACCAUAUUUAGUUCAUUUAUUAAGAUCCGAAGAAUUUAAAGAUAAAUCAACAAUAAUAUUUUGUGGUCGAUGUAAAACUGCAGAAUUAUUACGAGUGAUAUUAGUAGAAUUAGAUAUUCGAUGUACUAGUUUACAUUCAUCAAUGAGUCAAAGAGAGAGAUUAAAUAGUUUAGGAAAAUUUAAAGCGGAAAUUGUUAAAAUCUUGAUUGCUACUGAUGUUGGAAGUCGAGGAUUGGAUAUUCCAACAGUACAAACGGUAAUUAAUUAUGAUAUUCCAAGAGACCCAACAGAUUAUAUUCAUCGAGUUGGUAGAACGGCUAGAGCUGGUCGAGGUGGUAUUUCAUUAUCAAUUGUUACCGAAAGUGAUAUUGAACUUGUACAAAAUAUAGAAACUAGAAUAAAUAAGAAAAUGGAUCAAUGGAAAAUUAAUGAAAAUAAAAUAUUAGCGAGUUUAAAUGAAAUCAGUACAGCAAAACGGGUGGCAAAGAUACAUCUUCAUGACACAAAUUUCGGUGCAAAAAAAGAAAUCAAUGAAAAGAAACGAAAAAUUUUGGAAACAGAUUUGAAUAAUGACAAUAAUAGUAGUAGUAAAAGUAAUAAUAAUAAUAUAAUUGAUGAUGGUAAAAUAUAUAAUGAUGAUAAUCUUCGGACAGUAGAAAGAAAAAAUAAUAAUAAUAAAAAGAAGAAUAAGAAGAAUAGUAAUAUUAACAAUAAUAAUAAUAAUUACAAUAAUAUUAACAAUAAAAAAAUAAAAAAUAAAGAAAAAAAAUAG